CAGAUAGCAAACCACUGCUUUCUCUCACUUGCUCACAGUCCUGUUUUCUGAGAACAUCGCACAGCAUUCAUUAAAGCAAUGGAAACUUUAAAGUUGUUUUCAGAUCCCACUGUAAAACUGAUCACCAUCAAUUCAACCACUGAAUUCAACUUUUCAAGUAUUGACAGUUAUGUUAACACCACCAUGUCACAAGACUCUGCAUUUAUUGACAAGUUGAACCUGAUCCUCCGUUUAAGCUUAAUAAUCAUGAUUUUCAUCACCAUGCUGUCUCUUGGUUGCACGAUGGAGAUCUUAAAGAUCAAGAAACAUCUGAUCAGACCCAAAGGGGUGGCGAUUGCAAUCAUGGCUCAGUAUGGAAUAAUGCCACUCACAGCUUUCUGUCUGGCCAAAGUGUUUCGCUUAGAAACCAUAGAAAGCAUCACUGUGUUAAUUUGUGGAUGCUGUCCUGGGGGAAACCUAUCAAACAUCUUUUCUUUGGCGCUCCAGGGAGACAUGAACCUCAGUAUUGUGAUGACAACCUGUUCCACGGCACUGGGGUUGUUUUUGAUGCCUCUCAUGCUAUUCCUGUAUAGCCAAGGUUUCUCAAAUCUUCAAAGUGCCAUUCCUUACACUGGCAUCAUUAUAUCACUCAUUCUAAUUCUGGUGCCUUGUGGUAUUGGCAUUCUGAUAAACUACCGUGUGCCACAGUAUUCCAAGAUGGUUACCAAGGUUGGGAUUUCUCUCAUGAUGAUCCUUUAUGUUAUCAUCGCCGUUGUGGCUGCUAUGCUGGAUGGAACCAGAGUUUUUCGAGUGACAGCUCCUCCACUUUUGGCUACAGCUGCAUUGAUGCCACUGAUUGGAUACAUUUGUGGAUACAUCCUGUCGACUCUGUUCAAAAUGAAUGCAUCGGGCAGGCGGACUAUUUCUAUGGAAACAGGUUGCCAGAACAUCCAUCUAUGUACCACAAUCUUAAAGGUGGCCUUCCCUCCUGAGGUCAUUGGUCAGCUGUAUCUUUAUCCUACCCUCUACAUUUUUUUCCAGAUAGUUGAGGCUCUUUUCUUCAUAGUAUUGUUCAGGUGCCACAAGAGACUGAGACCAUCUAAUACAGAAAUACAAGUGAACACAGUUCUGAAAGGAGCAGCUGAAAAAACGAAUGGGAGCCCCCAGAGUGUUAUAUGAGGGAGCCAUAUCAAAUUGAAAGACUUGAGGAAUUUCAGACCAAAUGUGAUUAAAAUAAGAUGUGUUUUACUCUUUUAUAUGUUUGUAUUUGAGUGUAGAAAUUGAAAAGACUUGAUUAUGUUUCAUAUAGAAUAAAGUUGAUUAAUAUAGGUAAUGAUUUAUUUACACACUUGAAGGAAAAGUACAGAGCUAAAUUAAUUGUUAACAUGUACUGUCUUUAACUUGAACAUUCACAACUUUUAACAAUGCUUUACAAAGUCAUUCACUGUAAUAUAAAGAGUAUGUGCAAUGUCUUUAUCCGGUUUUUACUGUAAAAAGUUGUGAUAUGAUUAUUCAGAUGAUGUAAUUCUUGUUUUAAAUGAUGCGUUUACUGUAUGAAACAUCACAGAUUUUUUGUAAUAUUGUUAAUAAAGGAAAUAUUACUUUAUUAAAAAUAUUUAAUGGAUUAAA